AUCUCUCCCUCCUUGAUGCGCUGUUCCUUUUCGUGGAAUGCGCAUCUCCUCCUCUUGAUGCUGUUUUUCUUGUUGUCCUAAACAGAGGCGACCCCUGUCAACUCAACCCAACUAACCAACUCCUCAUUCUUAUAUAAUAAUAUAAUUCCUCUUCCGUUUCCCAGCUCGCCACCUCCUGAAUCUCUCUGCCUUUUGGUAGUGUCACCUCAACCCCACUUCUUGGCCCCUCAAAUCCUCCGAGGACUUGGGAGGAAAAGUGACCUGCUUCCACCAUAAUUCCAUCAAUUGAUGCCAGCAAGUUCUUGCUGGCAAUAGGACUGUUUCGCUUACUUUGAAUAGAUUAUGUGUCCCCAGACUGCAAUGCAACCUGGUCAAGCCUUAGAGGGUUUACAUGGCAUACAUGUUGUGCCUCAUGCACCUUUUGCCUUGGAGGAGAUUGAUGAACAUGGGGACUUGCAAUCUACUCAUGAACGUACAGUCAUUGGAGCAAAUCUACUAAUGCAACGAAUAUGGCAGCAGAGACCACCAUGUUUGAGACCUGUCCAUUCUUGUGUUCAAGGUAGAAGAAAGAAAAAUCCCUCAUGGGCAUUUCCUCUUGGGCUUCCUUAUGAAUGCACGUUGUAUGUUGUAUACUUCAGUCUGUCAUAAGAAGGAUACUUAUCUCUGCUUCUGCAUCUAAACUGUUUGUUAGGAGAUCAGACUCCUAUGGAGAUGGCUGCUAAUGUUCUAACAUCACUUCCCUUUAUUGCUCUUGGAAUCCAUGCUCCAAGAAAGAAUUUGAAUACUAAACUCUACGCUAAUUCGCUUAUUGGAGUCGGAGUUACCUCAAGUUUGUAUCAUUCUUCUAGAGGAAAGCUGAGGAAAUAUUUAAGAUGGGCUGAUUAUACAAUGAUAGCCACAGCAACAGUAUGUCUCUCGAGGGCCCUAAGAAAUGAGAACCCAAAGUUGCUCAUGGCAGCAUCUGCUUUACUACUUCCCGUCCAGCCUCUAAUGGUUUCAGCAGUUCACACUGGACUGAUGGAGGUAGCAUUUGCAAAAAGAGCAUUAAACAAUCCUGACCUAAGGAUGGCUCACACUGUGCAUAAGAUGUCAUCAUUGUUAGGAGGUGUUUUCUUCAUUGCAGAUGAUGUCUUCCCUCAAACUCCUUUCCUCCAUGCUGCCUGGCAUCUGGCUGCAGCUGUCGGGGUUGGCACCUGUAACAAGCUUCUUGAAUAGAAUAGAUGUAGCUCGGAUCUAAUUCCUUACAAUCAUUUAUUCAAAAGGAUCGCAUGUCAACAGAUAAACAGAAAGAGGACGGCAAUUUUUGUUGCCUUGGAUCAGCAUCCCAGAGUUCAUGAUUCAACCCAAACUGGGAUUUUAAUAAUUUCAUUUUAAUUAUUUAUAUGUAACAUUAAUGUUUAUAUAUAAUGAUGUAGCAAAGUAAUUAAACUUUAGCAAGGAAUAAUGUAUUAUUUUUGUGCAAGCACCAAACAUUGACUUAGAUUAUCUAUCUGGAAAUCAAAAUUAUUACAACUA